AUGGCUAACUUCAGCCCAGGUGGGCCUGAAGACGCCAUCCUCGCCGCCAGCUGUCGCUGCUCCAAGGCUAGCACCUGUUCCUACUCCUCGGCUAUCACAACUUCCUGUUCCUGCUCCAAGGCUAGCACCUGUUCCUACUCCUCGGCUAUCACAACUUCCUGUUCCUGCUCCAAGGCUAGCACCCGUUCCUGCUCCAUGGCUAGCACCCCUUCCUGCUCCAAGGCUAGCAACCCUUCCUGCUCCAAGGCUAGCAACCCUUUCUUCUCCAAGGCUAGCACCAGUUGCUGCAUCACGGCUAGCACCAGUUGCUGCACCACAGCUAGCACCAGUUGCUGCACCACGGCUAGCACCAGUUGCUGCACCAGUAGCUACACCAAGGCUAGCACCAGUAGUUGCAUCCACGCCUGCCUCGACGACAUCUGCUGCCUCCACGCCUGCCUUGACGAUGUCUGCUGCCUCCACGCCUGCCUUGACGACGUCUGCUGCCACCACGCCUGCCUCGACGACUUCUGCUGCCUCCACGCCUGCCUUGUCGACGUCUGCUGCUUCCACGCCUGCCUCGCCGACGACGUGCUUGCUUCCUCGUCUCUGGAUGGUUCAUGA